UUUCGAGAGAGUGACGCGUUAAUGGCCCUUAUGCCACUCGCGGAUUCGCAUAAAAACUCGACAGGGACAGUUUUGUCAACGCACUUUGAUUCCAGCCUCUUUCAUUUAUUCCGUCGAGAUCGACAUUACUUUCGUGGUCAUGAGAUACUUCACGGCAAUCGUUGCUUUUUGUCACGUCGUCGUAUUUAUCUCCUCCAUCCAGCCUACAACGAGCUUGAAAUGCCGCACUGGCAACCAACAGAGCGACGAUCAAUUCCAGAAGAUAAUGCAAGUUUGUCGUCGUCGGCUGCUAGGUUACGACCGGGACGGUGGCCGCGAGUUCAAUGGUCGGGACACCGAUUCGCAAGAAAGCUCUGAUUCUGACUCCGACGAGGACGUGUUCGACAAUAAAUUUCUGAAUCUCGGCGGCAAUCGUUACAACAACCGAGCACAAACUAACAGCAACAACAACGGCAACGGCAGGUAUGACUAUGCAGCUUCAUCUUCCAUGAACAGGAACACCAGCAGACGUAAUUGGAAUGACAGAUCAGAUUCUGAAAGGCCGAACUACGAUACCAGCCAGUCCUCAAAUAACAAUAGGAGAAACUUAAGAAAUAACGGAUACGGAUAUAACAAUAAUAAUGGCGGUGCAAGCGGAUAUGGUGACAACGCCAACUCCAAUUCGAAUUCUAAUAGAUACAACAAUGGAUACGGCAGUACGAAUCGAAAUAAUAACAACAAUGACAUGUAUGAUAAUGACGGAGAGCGCGAGCAGGCAUGCGUCACCCAGUGCUUUUUCAAUGAACUCAAUCUGGUUGAUCAAAGAGGCUAUCCGGAAAGGUCAUCAGUAACGAGCAUAAUGACAAAAAACAUUAUGGAUCCAGAACUACGUGAUUUCGUGGAGGAGUCCGUGAUUGAGUGCUUCCACUACUUAGCUAAUAACGGCCGACAGGAAAAGUGCCAAUUCUCGCAGAAUUUGCUAUCGUGCUUGGCUGAAAAGGGUAGCGAGGUUAGACCGUUGAGUGAACAUGGAUUUUAUGCUUUUUUCUGAUGUCUACAAAUUGUUUCACUUAUUUUUUAUUUACUCAAUCAAUUGACAAUAAACCGAUGUAGAAUAAUAACAACCCACGUGACCAUAGAUCAGCCAAACUGAUCACGAAUAAACCGCGUCUUCAUUUUUGAGAUCUAUCUCUUUUUUUAAUUUUUCAAUUUUAAUAAUAAUUUUUAUAUUUUUAUUAUUAUUAUAGUAAUUACUAUGCGGACUACGCGCGCUAAAUACUUGUCAAUUAGUACAUACUAAAAAAAUCAUGGCGGACACAUUAAAUAAGACUUGACUCCAUAAAAAUAUAUGAAAGUUCUUAUAUCUAGGUAUUGUCCAGAAUUUUUACAAAAUCCUUUCUUUGUCGAUAAAAUCUACAUACUGCAGGUGGAUAUGAAGAAUGUAAGUUGAGGACACCCGAUCAUCAAAUUUUUGCGUCAUUUUUGCAUCUAUAAUUGAAAAAUUUUUUAAAAGAUUUCACGACAUUCAACCCUAGCUGAAUGUAUGUAAAUAUACAAAAUUGAAAAAAAAUUGAUGAAUUAAUUUUGUUAAACUUAUUAAGUAAAUUAAAAAGAAUUAUUACGCAUAAAAAAAAUGAGAGCAAAGUAACUGUCCAUGGAUUACCAAUAUUUUUGUAUUAAUUAAUUAUCUAUAAAAUAUUAUAGUGU